AUGUACUCUUCGUCGAAUUCUUUCCUGGGCGGCGCCAACAGCGCUCGUCCAGGGCAGCAGCCGCCUUACUUGCAGCAGCCUACGUACUCGCAGUUCACUCCUGGUCAGCAGCAGCCGCAACCUGGAUUUGCCCCUCAACCUACUGGAUAUGCGCCUCAAUUGUCAGGAUUGGGAGCUUCCCAGUUACAACCUCAAGCAACGGGAUUUCCAGCUAGCCAGCUACAGCCCCAGUUCACAGGCUUUCCUGGCGCUACGCCGGUGCCGCAACAGCAGCCGACAGGCUUCCAGACAUCCGUUCAACAACCCCAAUUUACAGGAUAUCCUCCCCAGAGCCAGCCCCCGCAGCUCCAGGUCCCUUCGAGUACUGGACUCCCCGUUCGACCGGUUCCAAAGACAUCGUCCGCGAUAGCAGACUCGUUCAACGAUGGCCCGGCCCCUCAACCUCCGCCCAAGUCCUCUUCGGGCAACAAGAUUCCCAAUAUUCGGUUGUCCUUCAUCACUGCGCAAGAUCAAGCCAAAUUUGAACAGCUUUUCAAGUCUGCAGUUGGCGAUAACAAGACCAUGGACGGAGAAAAGGCGAAAGAGCUCCUUUUGCGAUCGAAUCUUUCAGGAGGCGAUUUGUCGAGAGUUUGGGUUUUGUCGGAUUCCACGAAAUCUGGGCAGUUGUUCUUUCCGGAGUUCGCUUUGGCGAUGUAUCUAUGUAACUUGAGGAUUACAGGCAGAGAUCUCCCCCACGCUCUCCCUGAGACCAUUAAAAACGAGGUUUCAAGCAUGGUAGACAUCAUUUCUUUCCAGGUUCCCGACACUCAGCCGGAGCCUGCUUUCAGAACGAAUGUCCCCAACUUUGAUGCCCCGUUGUUGGAGAAUAAAGCUACACCCCCUGCUCCUCAACAACCGCAGCCGCAGCAACCAACAAACACGCAUCUCCUCACACAGCUCACCGCACAGCCUACUGGUUUCAUUCCCCAAGCAACUGGUUUUCAACCAAACCAGCAGCCAGGCCAGAACUCGAGCCUCGCCCCGCAAGCUACAGGAUUUCCCGGCCAGUCGCAGCAGUUUCUACAGCCACAACCGACAGGAUUCAUGACAAAUCCCCAGCCAACUGGUUACAGUGGGCCUCGACCCCCACUCCCGCCCAUGCCCACGGGCUUUGGAUCGAAUCUGAGCCCGGCCCAGACAGGUGGACUGGUCGCACAGCCUACUGGUAUUCCAGGCCAAUGGGGCUUUGUCAAUGCUCCAGCGACAGGGCUGCCCAAUAUCGAGGCUUUGAAGCAGCAGCUUAUGCCUCAGCCCGGUCGGGAGGGUGGUUUCUCAACUGCCGGUCUUUCUGGAAAUGCCACCAUUCCUUGGGCAAUCACCAAAGAGGAGAAGAAGAUUUACGAUGACCUUUUUCGGGUAUGGGAUGGUUUUCACAAAGGUUUCAUUGGUGGCGACACUGCCAUUGAGAUCAUGGGCCAGAGUGGCCUGAACCAGAAGGACUUAGAACGUAUCUGGACCUUGGCAGAUCCAAACAACAGGGGCAGACUCAACAUGGAUGAAUUUGCUGUGGCUAUGCAUUUGAUCUAUAGAACCCUCAAUGGGUAUCCGGUCCCGAGCCGAUUGCCACCAGAGCUUGUUCCGCCAUCCACGAAGAACCUCAACGACUCUAUAGGUACGGUGAAGUCGCUUCUUUCGCGAGACGCCGAGAGCCGGAAGGCCUCCGGUGCGUUCUUGCAGCCUCAGAAGACUGGCGUUAGUUACCUCAAAGAGCAUUCCUUCCGUGGUGGUGCGGCAUCGCCAGGAUUUGGCCGCAAAGAUGCCACGAUGUUCAAGAACAACGAUGAUGCUUCUGCGGGUUAUCGGUCAAGUGCUCGCCGUCGUGUUGGAAAUAGUGGUAGGGCUUCGCCUGCCACCGCGCAAGCAUCUGAAGAUGAACUGUCUGUCGAGCAAUUGAAGAAGAAGAUUCGUGAAACUAAGGUUAUGCUGGAUGCAGUCGACUUCCAGGAUGAAAAUCGGGCAGAGGAAGAGGAUGAAUUGGACCGCAGAGAUCGUCGGGAAGCAGAAAGUUUGAUGGAUCGGAUCCGACGUGUGCAGGAUGAUCUUGACACGCACCCCAACGCAUCAUUCCGGAAUCUUGAUAGCGGCGCCGACCGGCGAUCCUUGCGUCGUCAGUUGCAGGCCUACGAGGAUCAAGUUCCGCAGGUGGCGUCAGAUGUACGGAGAAUUGAACGUGACAUUGCUGAGGCUAAGCUUGAGCUUUUCCGUCUGAAAGACGCAAAAGCGCACCCGAACAGUGCCUCAAACAUUGUCGGUACAGGACCUGGGGGUACAAUUACAGAGGCAGACCGCAUCAAGGCACGUGCUCGUGCCAGGAUGCAAGCCCGUGCUGCUGAGCUUGCUGGAAGACCUCCACCUGCAACCCAAGACGACGACGGCGCUGCAGCUCGUCGCCUUGAGGCGGAAAACGCUAACAUCAAAGCGGACAGAGAAAGAAACGAUACCAUGACCCGCGAUGUAGAAGAUAGCGUGAAAGAUUUUGCUCGGAGUCUUGAGGACAGUCUCAAAGACGAAGGUGAGAGUUCAACACGUGAGCAUGAAAAGAGACGAUGGGAGGAUGCCUUGGGUGUUGAGGACACGAUUCGAGAUUUCAUCUACGAUCUCAAGCGCAACAGCCGGACUGCCCAUAUUCGCAAAGAAGAGUCAUCGCGGCCAUCAUUUACUCAGGAAGAGCAGCCGCAAUAUGGUACAUUGUCUACAGAAAGCCCUGUGGGUGCUGCUCGGGCUUCUCCUGCGCCAUCCACCGGAUCUACAGGCACACAUGAAGACCGUGUGGCUGCUGCCAGAGAACGGGCUCAAAAACGUAUCGCUGAACGCAUGGCAGCUGCUGGCCUCAAACCACACAGUGAUGCGGGAGAAACCCUUCUCCAACGCCAAGAACGAGAGAAGAAAGAGCGUGAAGAACGGUUGAGGCGCGCAGAGGAGGACGAUGCUAAAAGGGAGCAAGAAAGACAACGUCGUCUUGCUGCAGAACAAGGUGGACCAGCAAAACCAGCUGUUAAGCCCGUGGGCAAGAAGCCCCCGCCAGCACCACCUUCCCGGAGGGGUGGAGCAGAGAGUGUCGGCCAGGCCGAUACUAAGAAGGCAGAAGACGCUGCUAAAGCAGAGCAAGCUGCACGAGAACAAGCUCUCAGGGGGGAACAGCAAGCACAGGAACAGGAAACGUCACGUCUUGAGAAUGAGGCUAGAGAACGAGAAGAUGAGCUCAGGAAAGACCAGGAAGCGCAGCAAGCUCGUCUUCGUGCCCUUGAAGAGCAGGUCCGGCAAGGAAAAAUCAAGAAACAGGAAGAAAGGCGCCGUAAAGAGGAGGCCAGCAAGUCAGCUAAGGAACAAGAAGAUAAGCUUGCCGCUCAACGAGCUGAACUGGAAAUGGCGAGAGAGCGGGAGCGACAGCUUCAGUUGGAGUUGGAAGGCCUCGACGAAGAGAGUUCCUCGGAUGAUGAAGGCCCCGAAAACAUCACUCCCCAGGAUAGCACACCCACGCAAAGCCAGGUCCUCCCACCAACAAAUGAACCGGAAGCUCCUCCUGCUCCCGCCCCCGAACCAGAAAAGGCGGCAAGUCCUGAGCCCAGCUCGCCCGCUCCUGCUAGUUUUAGCCCAGAGACAGAAUCCAGGAAUCCUUACUUCAGGAGAAUAAGUCAGCAUGCUGAUUCUCCGGCGACUCCACCUGUGCCCCAAACUUCCGUUACUUCGCCCAAGUCUGAUGCCCAGUCUACCAAUCCUUUCCAUCGUUUGGCACAGCAGGAAAGCUCCAAGCCCACUUUUACCGCAGCAGUGCCCUUGGAACGCAAAUCCCGUGCUCGUCCAGAAGAGGACGACUGGUCCGCAGCAGGAUCGGAGUUUGAUUCGUCUGAGGACGAGGAUGAUGAUCGGCCUGGUGGUGGUAGCGCAAAGCAGCUUGCCAGUAUUCUUUUUGGUACCAUGGCGCCCCCGCGACCUUUGAGCGCCAUGGAUGACAAGUCCCAGUCAGCUACACCCGUGCAGGACACUCCAACAUCUCCUCCGGCAGCUCCUGAGUCCAAUGAAGAACCUUCAGCGCCUUCCGCUGCUCCUCCACCGCCACCUCCGCCACCGGCUCCUCCCGCUGCUCCGGGCUCCGCUCCGCCACCACCACCCGCCCCUCCAAUGGCACCACCUGCACCUCCCGCUCCGCCAGCACCUCCAGCACCACCAGGGAUGGCUCCCCCACCGGCUCCAACCGCAGCAGCAGGUUCAGGCGAUCGAGGUGCACUCUUAGCCUCUAUCCAAGCCGGCAAGGGUCUUCGCAAGGUUCAGACAAAUGACCGCAGUACCAGUUCUUCUGCGGGCCGCAUACUUUAG